AGCGCACAAGCGAAGUAAGUGACAUAAGCUAAGCGUACAGUGCAGGACUAUAGCUUCCUGGUUCUUGCAAGAGUUGAGCAGCGACAGCACAGAAAUGGCGAAGCGGCCGUCGAGCAAGCGGAGCUUCAGGCUUCCGUUCAUGUGCGGGCAGUCGGACGUGGCCAGCGCGGCCGUCACGCGAUUGUCGUCGUCGUCGUCGUCAUUCGGCAGGGGGUCCAGGUCCGGCUCUAGCUCCAGCUCCAGCAGCAGGCACGGCGAGCUGCAGUGGAUCUUCCAGCACUUCGACCGGGACAAUGACGGCAAGAUCUCCGGAGCCGAGCUGCGCGCCUUCUUCGUGUCCAUGGGCGACGACAUGCCGUCGUCGUACGGCGGCGACGGUGGCUACAUGCUGGACUUCGCCGACUUCGUGGCGCUGAUGGAGAGGGAGGGCGGCCAGGAGGAGGACCUGCGGAGGGCGUUCGAGGUGUUCAACGCCGUGGAGUCCGCGGGCAGGAUCACGGCCAGGGGCCUGCAGAGGGUGCUCGCCCAGCUCGGAGACAAGCGUUCCGUCGCCGACUGCGAGGCCAUGAUCCGGGCCUACGACGUCGACGGCGACGGUGGCCUCGAUUUCCACGAGUUCCAGAGGAUGAUGAGCUAACUGAUUUCGGCUUACGUAGUGAGUCUUCACUUUCAGAGCCCUGAAGAUUGAAAGGGUUGUUCAUAGGUCUGCAUCCAGAUGAGCCAAUGCAAGUUGCUACAGGGCAAAUGUGGUCAUCUACGUACUCGGAUGCUGCUGCUUGCCUGAAGCAAUUUGCUGCUUCAUCUUGUGUUGUUUGGUGUGUCACACCAGUGUAUCAGUUAAAUUACAAUUGAUCUUUUCUUCUAAAUACAGCUCUUUUGUUCA